AUGUCAAUUGGGCGUGUCCUGGUCAUUGCGGGGUCCGACAGCUCAGGCGGCGCUGGUCUGGAGGCUGACCAGAGGGUUCUUACUGCGCAUGGCUGCUAUGGCCUAACAGCAACCACUGGCUUGACGGCGCAGAAUACCCUCGGAGUGCAAGACAUCUUCGUGGUUCCCGCCGAGUUCGUCCAGAAGCAAAUCAAGGCCAGUCUAGAUGAUGUUGGCGCCGACGUUGUCAAGCUCGGAAUGCUGUCGUCCGCAGAGACUAUUGACAUCAUCGCGGAAACGCUCACAUCGUAUCAAAUCCCUUCUGUGGUCUUGGACCCGGUGAUGCUUUCGACCAGCGGCUCGCAGUUACUACCUGAAGCUGCCGUACAGGGUCUCCGUACAAAAUUACUGCCUCUGACAACUGUGCUCACCCCCAACAUUCCAGAGGCACAGCUUCUUCUGAAAGAUGCUGGACAUGGCUCUGCCGAUCCGGAGGACCUGCAAGGACUCAUCAGUCUGGCAAAACAGGUUGCUGCUCUGGGUCCUAAAGCUGUCCUGCUAAAAGGCGGCCACUUGCCACUCACGAAAGACCACAAAACCGCUAAAAGCUCAGAAGAUGCUUCGCGGGUUGUGGACGUUCUUUACGAUGGAGAGGAAGUCACUCUAUUCGAAACUGAGUACUUGGUUUCCAAGAACACGCACGGCACUGGUUGCUCUCUUGCGUCCGCCAUAGCCGCGAAUCUCGCGCUUGGAAAGGACCUGAAGAGAGCCGUGCGCAGUGGUGUCCGUUUUGUUGAAGCGGGGAUCAAGACCAGUUUCGAUAUCGGAAAGGGAAGUGGUCCAAUUAACCACUUUCAUUCCGUGUACUCUCUGCCGUUUGCGCCAGGGCGAUUCCUGGAGUACGUUCUAGAUCGGCCCGACGUACAAUCAGUGUGGAAGCGAUUUACAGAGCAUGAAUUUGUCUCCGGCCUGGGCAGCGGUACGCUUCCCGUUGAACGCUUCAAGGAGUAUCUGUCUCAGGACUAUCUUUAUCUCAUUCAAUUCGCCCGGAGCAACGCGCUGGCAUCCUACAAGGCCAAGGAUAUGGAAUCAAUAGCUGCAUCAGCAAAAAUCGUUCUUCAUAUCCAACAAGAAACCGCGCUGCACGUUGAUUACUGUGCGUCUUUUGGCCUCUCCAAGGAAGAAAUGGAGAAAAUUCCAGAAACCACAGCCUGCACCGCGUACAGCAGAUACAUCCUCGACGUAGGCCAAUCGGAAGACUGGCUUGCGCUACAAGUAGCCCUGACUCCUUGCCUAAUCGGAUAUGGGGCUAUUGCGCAGAGGCUACACGCGGAGGAAAAGACUCUCCGGGAGGGCAACCGAUAUUGGAAGUGGAUAGAGAACUACGUUGCGGAGGAUUACACGGAGGCUGUCCGUCUAGGCUCCGAGCUGCUUGAAGGACAUAUGAGAAAGGUCUCGCCGUCCCGGAUGGAAGAGUUGGUCAAGAUCUUCGUCAGAGCCACCGAGUUGGAGAUCGGAUUUUGGGACAUGGGACUCGGCGAUGGGCGCGACUAA